CUGGAAGUCGUGAGUCGAACAUUCAGAUUGGCGGCGGGGUACAGCUGCACGCACGCACCUCUACAUACAUACAGCUUACCCUCACGACUGCAAGGUGUCCAUGGCAACAUCCUCGACAUCGGAAGGUGGUCUCUCCAUAUCUGCGUCUUGGUCAGACUCGCGUCAGCUUUUCACAUUCGACACAAAGAGUUCAGCAACGGCAAGCUGGAAGAAUCUCGCAUCAGGCAGUCCGGAGCUGCUCCUGGCUCGCCUUGCUGCACCAAGGCUUGCUUAUUCCCCUGAAGGUGCACCUUUUCGUACCUCCACGCUUGGUCGUCCGCACCCCCUACACUCUCGACGCUUCAUCUGGGAGAUUUCCCGAGCGUUGAUCACUUUUGGUGGCCUUCAGCACCCCGACAUCUAUCUUCUUCCUGUUUCGUCGCUUUGAAGAUCCUCUUCCCGCAAU